CUUCUCAGAGCCCAGCCCUUCUUUAGCACUCCAGCUUCCAAAAUUAGUUAAUUAAUUUGUUAAUUAAGUCUGCAGUUGAGGCUGGGUUGAGCCUCCCUUCUUACCCUCAGCAGAUUGAUGUUUUUUGGGUCCCCCCCCCCCUUUCAGGGAGCCGGCGGCAAGACAGUCUGUGAGAUCUGGGUGGGGAGGGGCGCCAGACCCCUGGUCUGGGGAACUUACAAUGUUCGCUGCGAUCUCAGCUUCUCCUCCAAUUCCAAACUUGCGUCCAAUGUGUGACUGGUUACUGGAGACCCCGAAAACACUGUUUCAUAUAGUUCUCGGGUAAUUGCCAGCUCAUGACAUGCAUUCUUACAUUUUAAUUUUCUCUCUGUUGCCCCACUUCCUUCAGGAAAAACAAAAACAAGAUUCCCACCCCCAAAAAUCAAUCCUAUAUUAUUUAUCCCACCCUCCACUACUGUUUUACCUAUUCUUCCACAUUAGCUAUCACAUUUUCUGAAGUUCUUGUCUCAAAAGCAGCCAGUGACUUCAUAAUUUCCAGUGUCCUCUACUCAGCACUUACGUUCUCUGGUUGAUCAGAGAGUGCAGCUUUCUAACCUCUGACCACAUUGUUUGCAUAGAUGCCCUAGUCUCCCAAAGGCUCUCAGACUUCUUAUUUCCCUCAUCCCAAAAUGUGUCUGUUGCCCUGUGUUCUGACUAUAAGCCCCUUAUCUUUCUUGUCUAAAAGUUCUUCUGUGUGAACUCAUCACUCCAGCACUGGGAGUAUCUCACAAAUCCACUCUUCUAGCCCCCACCCCUCUUUGGUCCAACAUUUUCAUUGGUAAAACCCACUAACAUCUCAAGUUCAAUGUGUCAGCAGUAGGAGUGUACUUCUAAUGUGAUUUUCUCUUCCUUUGCAUUCAUUCAAACUCCUCACUUCUACAGGCUGGUCCUGGCUCCUACCUAAACAGUUAGGUAUGGGGAAAGAGUUCAGUAUAAAUAGGCACAGAGAAGAAAGGGGAGAGAGUCUUGGUUUCUACAUUUAAAAAUAUGUUGAUAUGGGUUUAAGGUAAAAGGUUUUAAUUGUGUACUCUUCAGGAGGGUUUUCAGUCCAUUAGACUAGAUGAACACUUCAUGACAUGGUUGGAAGGAGCUUAUCAUUGUUUGAGCAAGUACUACUGGUUGAAAGUGCCAUGAAAGCAUCAUGGAAGCAGGUACCCAGGAGGAAUGCAAGACGUCUUUCUUAUUGCUAUCUGAUGAGGACUAUUCCACAGUCAGCCCAAUGUCCAUUGUUCCUUGAUUGCCUAGCAGAAGAGACAUCUGCACAUACUCCAACACUGUCCCCCACUCCCCAAACCUUCCUGUUCUGGUUUGCUAAUGCUGCCAUUUUGCAAAACAUCUGGAAUGGAUUGGCUUUUAUAAAGGGGUUUAUUUGGUUACAAAGUUACAGUCUUAAGUCCAUAAAGUGUCCAAGGAAAGUCAUCAACAAUAGCGUACCUGUACUGGAGAAAGGGCAUUGGCAUCCAGAAAACCUCUGUUAGCUCAGAAGGCAUGUGGCUGGUAUCUCCUUGCUCCCAGGUUGCGUUUCAAAAUGGCGUUCUCUAAAAUGUCAGUGUCAGCUUUCAAUGGCCGUCUUCAAAUUGUGUCCCUCAGCUGCAGCUCCUCUGCAUCUGGGCCUGUGUGGAUCUUUUUAUAGUACUCCCAUGAUCCAAUAAAGACCCACCCUGAAUGAGUGGGGCAACACCUCCAUAGAAAUAAUCAAUGAAAGGUCUCGCCCAGGGUUGAUUGAGUCACAUCUCCAUGAAAACACUGAACCAAUAGGUUCCAACCUAAUCAACACUAAUACAUCUGCCCCCACAAGACUGCAUCAAAGAACAUGGAGUUUUGGGGGACAUAAUACAUCCAAACUGGCACGCUUCCCAAAUGAUCCCACCCUAUGAGUUGGCUCUUGAUACUCUUAAGCCUCCAGGAAUGGAUGUUGAAAAAACCGUACACUGAAAGGAUGGGGUGGUGUGACCAGGAGUCUCUGCAUCUAGGCAAAUGGAGUAGCAGGAGAGUAUCCACUAAACUGCUGGAAAUAACCUUUUUGAUAACUGUCUCAAUCAAACUUUUUAUCUCCUCUAUAAACUCCUGCUCCAUACUUGCCAAUUCUUUCUGGAUUCCCUAAUUUUGUUAACCUUAGUUAUCCAAACUUAAUACCCUGGAAUCAUCUUCAAAAUAUAUCCCUAUAGUGGGCAUCUAUGAUAUUGUCUGAUCAUCAAUUUUCCUUUUUUCUAGAAAUGAUAUCCCACAUCCUCACCAGCCCCUAACAUUAAUUAUAGUGGGAGCUCGCCCCGUGUUCUUAUAUGAACAUACCCAUCACUCCUGGUCAUUGCUGAUUGGUUCCAGGGUGUGCAUAUGACCCAAGGUGGAAUAAUUAGAGUCUGUAUCAGAAAGAGUUAAGCCAUAAGCAACACAAAACUGGACAAAUAGUACCUUAAAUUAUUUUUUCUCAUAUAACAAGAAAGUCUAAAGGUAGGCAGCUCAGGGCUGGUACAUUUGCUCAAGGAUGUUAUCAGGAGGUAGGCUUCUUCUAUCUUACGGCUCUGCAAAUUUGAUAAUCUGAUUUUCAUUAUCUUGGUUACAAAAUGGCUGCUGCAAAUCCAGACAUCACAUGCAUGUUACGACAGGGAAGAAGUGGGGAGAUGUUAAAGUCAAAGGUAAAAGGCUAAAGGGGCAGGUGAGUCUGUCCCUUUUAUGAAACUUUUCUGGAAUAUUUGGGUGAUAUCUAUACCUCUGUGAGAAACUAAUUUUAAAAUUACUUCAGUUAAAGAAAAAGUGAGUCAGUAACAUCAAAUUACCUUGCAUACUUAAUUUGCUUUUAGCAUUAAAAACCAGUUAUUUUAAUGAUUUAUAUAAGCAUUUGUGUCUAUCAAGAUCAAAAAUUUAAAAUAUAAAUUCUAGGACAAAAACAGAGUAAAAAUCUCAAAGACUCUGCUUCUUUGCUAAUCUCACUACUACCACUCCAACCCCACUCCCAUUUGAGUUUCUGAUAAGUUGAAUUUGUGUGGCAAGGCAAACACAUCUGUUUGGAAACUGGUAAUAUUUAGCCUGAAUUUCUGUACCUAUCUGAAAGUAAUCAAACUGAGUCACUUUAAUAAUACAUUUCUUAAGUUUGGCAUUCAAAAUUUGAGAUAUGGUGAAAAUAGUAUAAUCUAGUAAAGCUAGUGGGAAUUAUGUGAGAAUAUGUACGUGUUAGAAAGCAGUUAAGCUUAUAGAGGGAUGAAGUUAGAGACCCUUUAAAUUCCCUCUAGAAAAGGGCAGGCCAAUAUAACACAGUAGGCUUAAAGUUACUGAUAUUCAACAGAGGUUUGGGGGAGGGAAGAGGAAUGAAGCAGAUAAGGACUGGAAGAAGCAUGUGGAGUUUGAAAAACGAUAUUUAAUAUACCUAUACCUAGUGAGUUUAUAUAAGAAUACUCAGAUUCUUUUUGACUGUAGAAUUUUGGAGAAGAUAAGGUUAUAAAGUGGUGAAGGAAACCAAGUUAAAAAAAAAAAAGUUGAGUACCCUUACCUUACACUUUAUAUUUCAUGACUUAUUUUGCCCAAAUAAUUAUUUUCCUGGCUAGCUUUCUGUUGCUUGAAAUUUUCUGGAGUAGGAUAUGCCUCUUAUUCCAUACUGACAAAUAAGACUUAAAUACAGCUUGGAGAUAAUUUGAACCCCCAGAAAAAUGAUUGAAAUUCACAUGUACUAGGCUGCUAAGGUCUUUCCUAAGCAUGAUUUAAUAGGGCUGAAGAUAAGGAGGGUCCUGGGAACCAGAGGAGGGAAGGAAGAAGGCCCAGUGCUUGGAGAGGCUAACCAUGGGGACAACCUGGAAGCAAUACACAAUUUCCUCAGGAUAAACCUAUGAGACUGGGCAGUUGUUCAAAUGGCCUGUUCCUGCUUCUUCUUCUUCUUCUUCUUCUUUUUUUAGACUAACAUCUAGGGUAUUCUCAGAAUCAGAGCAAUAAUAGAGAGGGUUCUCAUAGAAAAAGGGGUCUGAAGUGUUCCUUUUCAGUAAUAAGGUUCAUUUAUCACCAAGACCAGGUCCAGCCAAGCCCCAUCACGGGCAACCAUAAGAGGCAAACAACCCUUUCUAGAGUGAUAAUUGUUAUCUUUCCUUUCCUUCCCAACUCAUGCUCCCCAUAAAUUACAAAAUGGCUAAGAGUCAAUGCAUUUUCUUCCCCUGGAAUAGUUUAUUCUCUUCAUAAUUCAGGCCUUUAUCUUACAUCGAAUCUUGGCUGCUAGGUUUGUGCACACAUGCCCAUCUAGUUAACAUUAAUCGUGCCCCCAGUGUGAGAGUUGCCAGAUGCAGUUGUGGAUGGAUAAAAUACACUGGCUUGAAAAAAUAGCCAGGCCAGUAGCCAUAGAAGUCCUAUCACUGCAUCUAGCCAUUAAGAAAAACAUUUGUGGGAACAAUCACCAGUAGCUUAAAUUAUUUUCUAAAUACUAGAAACUAAAAUCCUCCCGGCAAUUUAUAGGUAAAUUAGCUCAUGCAAUUUAUUCUUACACUUUUAUAUGCAGGCACCACGGGGCUGUGGGAUGAUUGCUGGGACAAAAGAACUGAGUAUCAAAUGUUGGUGUCCUCAUUUCUUUCUUUCCUCUCUGAUCACUUGCUAAAUUGCACUUGCAAAAUUACCACUUUUAUGUAUAUAUUUUAUAUUCCACAACUAAAAAAAUCUGUUAUUUUUUUAAGUGUGUGUUGGUGAAGGGAGAUAGGAGAGGGUGAGGGAAUAUGGAUAUUUGCCCUGCUUAGCUUACAGGAGUUGUUGAAGAGUGAAAAGGGUGAAACAUCUGGCAAUGCCCAAAAGUGUAGGAUAAGAAUUUUUAAAUCUCUUAUUUCUCAAUCACCCAAAUACACCAGGUCAGGAAUUUUACGCUGGACAAGCAAAACUGUUACUUUAUUUUUCCUAUUUCUAACAUGAUCAAGUGGGCACUGAAGAAGCAAGACCUGGAAGGAUUUUAGGACAAGAACUGUGAUGUGGACUCAAUCCCAGAAAAUCUUUUCCUAGAAUUCACUUAAAAGCCGUUACUGACUCCCUCUAGAACCUAGCCUUUAGGUGAGGGGUUUGCCAGACUCCGCCCCCAACCCUCCUACCUAGUCUACAAACUCUAGAGGGCAAGGACCUGGAGCGAAAGGGCAUUCCACUGGUAAGCAGCAAGGAUCAGUAUACUGCCAACCCUGCAAGGCAGGCCAUAUUUCUGCCCGGGCCCGUCCUCGACCUCUCAGCUACACUUUGUUUUCUCCCUGUGAUUGAUUAAACAGAAGAUGAGAGGUUGUUCCGGACAAGAGAACCUCUUUUAUCUUCCCUUUCGCUCCCACAGCCCUCUGGCACCCCCCACGCCCCAACUCUCUUCCCAACCGACCCGCCCUUCUGAGGGCGGCGGAUUCUUUAUCUCCGAGGCACGGCCGGCGCGGCGCCCUGCAGGCGGCGAUAGGAGCCGGAACUACAGCUCCCAGCAUCCCCCGCCUCUCUCCCGGCCGCCGGACCCGGCAGUGGCUCUUCUCCUCUAGAGGUUCCCGCUUCCAACGCGGCUCGCCGGCUCGGCACCUCCAGAAGACACAGGGCAGAGACGCAGGCGCUGCCCAGGGUGGCAACGUGGGGAGCAUGGCCUUGCACCUGGGUAGACUGAGCGUGGGCCCUUGCUGGCGUGCGGUGCGAGGAGGUUGCGGAGAUCUGCGCGCUUGGACCCCGCGUUGGUCAGCCGGGCGCGUCUGUCGGCCGCCUGGUACGGCUGGCACGGUGCAGAGCCGCGGGCUGGGGCACAGCCCCUCGGCAGGAGGUGGUCCCUGGCUGGGAGCUGGGCUGGCCGCGGGGCUGGCGGGGCUAGCCGCCGCCGCCCUCGGGCAUGUAAAGCGGGCGGAAAUGGUGUCCAAGAGCGGCGGGCCACAGAGACCCCAGGCGGGGAAGCCGGAGGAGGAGGACACGCUGGCCCGCCGCUGCAGCUGCUUCAUGGCCUCACCUGUGACCGACCUUCGCGAGCUGCAGGGGAGGCCAGGUGACAUGAAAACAAAGAUGGAACUGCUCAUCAUGGAGACCCAGGCCCAAGUGUGUCAGGCUCUGGCACAGGUAGACGGGGGCGCCAGAUUCUCUGUGGACCGGUGGGAGAGGAAGGAAGGAGGUGGUGGCAUCAGCUGUGUGCUUCAGGAUGGGCAUGUUUUUGAAAAGGCUGGCGUGAGUGUUUCUGUUGUUCAUGGGCAUCUUUCUGAAGAAGCAGCAAAACAAAUGAGAAGUAGAGGAAAAAUUCUGAAGACUAAAGAUGGUAAAUUGCCAUUUUCUGCUAUGGGUGUGAGCUCUGUUAUCCAUCCCAAGAAUCCUCAUACUCCUACUAUCCAUUUCAACUAUAGAUACUUUGAAGUAGAAGAAACGGAUGGUAACAAGCAGUGGUGGUUUGGCGGUGGAUGUGAUCUUACUCCAACAUAUUUGAACCAAGAAGAUGCUGUCCAUUUUCAUAGAACUCUAAAGGAGGCUUGUGACCAGCAUGGCCCAGAUCUCUACCCCAAAUUUAAAAAAUGGUGUGAUGACUACUUUUUAAUAGCCCAUCGUGGAGAGCGGAGAGGCAUUGGUGGUAUAUUUUUUGAUGAUCUUGACUCUCCAUCCAAGGAAGAGGUGUUUCUCUUUGUGCAGAGCUGUGCCCAGGCUGUAGUUCCCUCUUAUAUUCCGCUUGUGAAAAAGCACCGCAGUGACCCAUUCACCCCCCAGGAGAAGCUGUGGCAGCAGCUCCGGAGAGGACGGUAUGUAGAAUUUAAUCUGCUAUAUGAUAGGGGCACAAAGUUUGGCCUUUUCACUCCAGGAUCCAGGAUUGAAAGCAUCUUGAUGUCUCUACCUCUGACUGCCCGAUGGGAGUACAUGUAUUCACCCUCAGAAAAUUCCAAAGAAGCUGAAAUCCUGGAAGUUCUACGCCAUCCAAGGGACUGGGUGCGUUGAUGCAGACAGAGAGGGCCUGCUGGGGAUUGGGGGACACGGAAUGUGUGUUCCCCACUCUAUUGGCCAGCCCUGUGGCUACAGUGUGACAGUUGGCUGUGCCUUAGUGCUUCACAGUCUUCUCCACUCUGGGUCCAGCUGGUAUAAUGCACCAUGUUUCUUUUGGACACUGUCAGUGACAGGUGAUGAGAUGUCAGAUUGAUGAUAGAGUCAGUAGUAGUUAUAGAAAAGCUUAUUUAUACUUUGAGUCAUUUUAUAUGACUAGUUUACAAAAUAAGACAUUGAGUUUACAAGUAUUGCAUUAAGGGACUCUAAAUAUGAUAAUUUGUAUCAGGAAGCUUCUCAUGCUAUUUUUGUUUCAUGUAUUUUUUUUAAAAGUUUUAGCUUUUGCCACAAAAAUCUCUAUCAUGGGAUACAUUUAAUUUUUCUUAAUUCAGUGAAGUUGAUACUAACAAGUAAUUUUAGAAAGCAACAUAAAUUUAAGGUUCAAGUUUUACUUUGUUAUUACUGAAGUUUCUUUGAUCAUAACUUUAUAUUUGUAUUUCUCUCUAGAGAUCAUAAUAUUGUACAAUAUCCAUCUUUAUAACUAUAGAUAUUUAGGAAUACUUGAAAUUUUCUUAAUCUCUGCAUGUAGUACAAUUCAGUGAUUACCUGUUGUUUACCUCUAAAGUGACUUUAUUUUUUAAAUAAGGAAUGUCUAAGUUGUAGUUUUGAUUUUUGUGAAACUAUUGUUGGUUAAUGUUGGGAUUUUCUGCACUUUUGAAUGUGAAAACUUACAUCCCUGGAUUCUGAUAUUUAAAAUGUUUCUAUUCCAGAUAUUUCUGUGUGGAAGUUUAGACUAAGAACAAUGCUGGGGAAGUUGUAAAAUUUGGAACUGUUUUUCUUUUGGGAAAUGAAUUGAGAAACAGUUUCCUUCUUUAAUUAAAGCAGACAUAACUAGUAUGAGAAGCAUAAAGGCAUUUUAUAAAUAUCUUUAUAAGAAGAACUAAUUAAAAUUUAUCUCUUUGCAAAUUUUGCAGCUCAUACCUUUGCUCUUAAGAGAAACAACAGAAUUCCUAAUGAAUGGCUUCUUUGUUCAUAAAAUAAUAUAAACAUACUAUUUUAUUUGAUUUAUAAAAUAUUGACAUUUCUAAGGAAUAGUAUCUGCUACAGAUUAUUAAGCAUUUUCCUAGCAUAUGUUCAGUGUAUGUGAUUGGGUGGCCUUUUAGGACUAGAAAAUAUAUGAAGCUCAAUGUACUUCCUCAAAUGUUUUACAACAGAUUCACAAAUAAAUUUUACUAUGAAAUAA